GCACACACAGGGGUAUAGAAGGGCCUUCCUGGUGGCGUGGCACAUCCUGUGUGUGGUCCUCAAGACGCCCGCUGUCAUGGAGGCCAGAGCGCUUUGGCUGCUGCUGCUGGUCCUGGCCCUGGGGUCCUCUGGCUGGGCUGAGCAGGACGUUGGCCUGUCGGGACAACAGUGUGUCGUCUCGGGCAGUGAGAGAGUGGACUGUGGCUAUCCUGCCAUCAGCCAGGAGGACUGCACCAACCGGUGCUGCUGCUUUGACUCCAGCAUACGAGGGGUGCCCUGGUGCUUCAAGCCUCUGAGAAAGCCAGCGGAAAUCCAGUGUGUCUUCCCAGCCAAGGAGAGAGUGAACUGCGGCUACCCUGCUAUCGGCAAAGAGGACUGUAAUAACCGCGGCUGCUGCUUUGACUCCAGCACUGCAGGGGUGCCCUGGUGCUUCAAGCCUCUGAAAAAGCCAGUGGAAAGCCAGUGUGUCGUCCCGGCCAAGGAGAGAGUGAACUGCGGCUACCCUGCCAUCAGCCAGGAGGACUGUUCCAACCGCGGCUGCUGCUUUGACUCCAAGACUCCAGGGGUGCCCUGGUGCUUCAAGCCUCUGCAGGAGACAGAAUGCACGUUCUGAAGCUCUGCUCUCUGCGGCCUGGGAUGGCACCUGCCUGUGGAUGGUGGCUGGCGGAGGGGGCUGCUCAUCACGGCUCCCCCUGCUCUGGGCAAGUGCGUCAGCUGAACACUCGUGUCCAGGGUCUGCUGUCUAAUGAAUAAAGCUCUCAUGCUCAGCAUGAGGACCGUUCUUCAUGCCAA